AUGUCUUUGAAUCAAAUGCAAAUCAAGCAGGAAAUCACCCUCCCACCUGGCCUGAGCAAAACGACUUCAAAGCAAAGCCAAGAGCCUGUGCAGUGCACUGAGCCGGUCCAAUGUCCACAGCAGCAACCUGAAGUCCAAGUCCCAACACCUUGCCCAGAACCAGUCCCAGUAGUAGUGGUACCAUGCCCAGAAAAAACAGUGCCAUUGCCAACACCAGUGGUGGAACCAGGCAAGGGAGAAACACCAGUGGUCGUGAUACCCAAGUGUCCACCCCAGGAGCAGCAGCAGCAACAGCAAUGCAAGCUACCACCAACUUUCCCGCCUGUAUCAUGCCCUGAGCCUGUUCCAUGCCCUGAAGAGAAAUCAGUGUGCAAAGAGCUGCCUGUGCCAGCCCCUGUUUCCUGCUCUGAACCAACUCCAUGUGUGCUGGAGAAGCAGAAGUGCAAGGAGAUCCCUGUGCCACUUCCUGUUACCUGCUCGGAAGCUGCAGCAUGUCCGCAAGAGAAGCAGCAAUGCAAGGACAUCCCUGUGCCAAUCCCUGUUCCAUGCCCUGAACCUAUCCCUGUGCUCACCCCGUGCCCUCCAGAGAAGCAGGAGUGCAAGGAGAUCCCCGUGCCAAUCCCUGUUCCGUGCCCUGAACCCACACCAUGUGCCCAAGAAAAGCAGCAGUGCAAGGAGACCCCUGUGCCGAUCCCUGUUCCAUGCCCUGAACCCACACCAUGUGCCCAAGAAAAGCAGCAGUGCAAGGAGAUCCCUGUGCCGAUCCCUGUUCCAUGCCCUGAACCUGCACCGUGUCCUCAGGAGAAGCAGGAGUGCAAGGAGAUCCCUGUGCCAAUCCCUGUUCCAUGUCCUGAACCUGCACCAUGUCCGCAGGAGGAGCAGGAGUGCAAGGAGACCCCUGUGCCAAUCCCUGUUCCGUGCCCUGAGCCAGGGAAGUGCUCCCUUCCGGAGAAGUGUCCUCCCAUCGAGCAGCAGCAGGUGAAGCAGCCUAACCAGUGGCCACCCAUGCAGAAGUAA